AUGAAUCGCAAAAACUAUUUAAAUCAAAACAGAAGCAAUGGUGGCCAUCGUGAUGUAAAACAAUUGUCGAAAAAUAAGAACCGCUUUUCACGACUCGACCCUGACAUUUCAAGUCGCUACGAAGAUCUUGACGAUGAAGUUUCCGUUCCAGUGACGUCAAGACUUACGACUAAUCACAAAGCUCGCGGUAAUAAUCCACGCACCAAUCCAUUUCAAAGAAAUUCGACAAUUGCCAAUACUGGAGUACGGAAUGCUGAGAUUGUUAACAAAAUCAAGGUUCCAUUUGGCGCGCGCAAGUACGAAGUCAAAUGGAUUUGUCGACAAUUGAAUCAGAAAAUUGAGAAUUUCAAGCCACUUCUUAUUACUCCAACUCCUCAUGGCCAUUUGGAAUUUUAUAUUCGAGAUGAUGAUGUUGCUGCCGCAAUUCAAGCAAAUUCAAGACGUAUCCUUCACAGAGAAUCAUCGAGUAAAGUCGAGUUUCAUGUGACAAAAGUUCCAGCGCCUUGGAUGAUUUUGAAGAAAAAUGAAAUCGAGUUAAUUCAAAAAGUUGUCGAUCGUCGUUAUAAUGCUGAAAACAGAGCGCUGGAUUUAUCAGAUUUCGCUUCUGAUUCCGAAUUCACUUCACGCGACAUGAUGAUGACAAUGACAAAAGGAAACGUGAUGCUAGCCAUUGUUGACAGAAUUGAUGAAAGAUAUGGAAAUAUUACGGCUCUCAGUUUAUCUAAUAAUCGACUGGCGCAUUUGGAUUAUGCAUCGGCGGUUGUCGCGGUUGCCAAAUUUGUUAAAGUCCUCGAUUUAAGUCAUAAUCUGAUCAAAUCCGAAGCCGAGUUCGAAAAAUUCGGAGGUCUACCAGUCGAACAAUUGUGUUUUGAAGGAAAUCCGCUAACGGAGAAGAUGUCAGGAGCCAGCGACUAUCUCAGCUUCAUUCACAAGACAUUCCCUCGAGUUUCUGCAUUGGAUGGGAUCGCCGUUACGCCGCUUUUACAAGGACCGGACCCGAGUGAGGGAGAAUUCGCACCAUUCCGGGCUGGAUAUUAUGAAAAUGAUCAAAUUCGCGCCAUCGUUGAAAACUUCAUUGUGGAAUUUUUCCGAUUGUACGAUGGUCCAGAUGGAACAAAAACAAGAAAGAGUCUCGUGGAUGCUUAUGAAGCGGACAAUUCCACAUUCACUCUUGCCAUUCAAAAUAUUAAAUGCAACACCUAUAAGCGAUAUCCUAGCGACGAAUGUUACGACAAUUAUAUUCGUACAUCACAUAAUUUACUUACUUUGGAGAAGUUCAAUAGGAAUCGCUCGGCCAGAGUCGCUAUUGGAUCAAUGGAUAUUGCUGUGGCGCUUUCAAAGUUGCCAACAACCCGACAUUUAAUGGACACUUUCAUUGUCGAUGUUUUUCUUGUAACGAAUGCUUUGCUUGGAUUCACCGUUCAAGGAAUGUUCGAAGAUGGCGAUUUGACUGUUACCGGAAAAUCGCCGGAACUUAAUUUCUUUUCAAGAACGUUUACAGUUGUUCCGAAAGAGGGACAACGUGUCGCUGUUUCCUCGGAUAUGUUAUUUAUCAGUUCUGCACCAACUGAAAUGCUUACUCAGUAUAAGGCUUUGCUCGAUUUGGCACUUAAAAACGGUUCAGCUUCUGCACCUGUCAAUCCGAUUGCAGACGCCUCUAUUGGACUUAAUGGAAUGGGAUUUUCUGGCGAGCCGCCAGCAGAUGUUAAAGCGCAAAUGAUUGCCGCCUUCUCACAGUAUAGCGGAAUGAUACCAGCGUGGAGUGAAAAAUGUCUCGCCGACUUCCAUUACAACUUCGACCAAGCGUGUCAGAAAUUCAAUGAAAUCAAGUCGAAUGUUCCCGCUGAAGCAUUUGCGCGAUGA